CGGCAGCUCCCCUCUUUGGCAGGCCCUACUUUGUAGGUGUUGGCCGACAGUCUUCGAUUGGCGGGAAGGGAACUUUCCUGUUUUGGAAUAGGAAGUGUUGGACGUGAUGUUUUUUCCUGCAGACGCUGUGGCGGGAAUCGAAAUUCUGUGUGGCGGGGACUAAGAUUCAUCUACUUUCGCGGCUUGGCGCGCAGUAACUUGUGCUGGAAGCUGAAUGGAGUAGAGCCAGUCUAUGGGGUGGUGUACCUAUUGAACACGUGUCUCAUUCACAGUGUGCAGUGGACAUCAUAUCUUGUGAAUGAGGAUUGCACGUGUUUAACUGAGACUGGAGGAGACGAUUGAUGUCUGCUCUCUCUACACACACACACACACACACACACACACACACACACACACACACACACAGAGAGAGAGAGAGAGAGAGAGAGAGAGAGAGAGAGAGCGAGAGCGAGAGCGAGAUCGGAAUCAUAACCGAUCAGUCAUCCCUUCAGCGCUUUGAUCAAUUUGCCAAGCGAUCUUUCAGGAAAUCAAUCGAUCAGUUGGCCGUCAUUCAAUCAAGAACUAAUCAAGAACCAAUCAAGGAAUGACAGUCGCAGGAACGGGAGCGGCAGGAUUGGGAGAGCGAAUACGAAAGGGCGGCCGAUAUGCGAUGUGUGUUGGGGAGGAUGAUGGACACGUGGGUGGUGGCGGCAGGAUUCGCACUGCGCGCCAAUCUGGAACGUCAUGAUUACCAGCCCAUCCGUGAAGCGAUCUUAACUGCCAACGUGAUACCUACCAUGCGGUAGUUGUAGUACAAAUACGUGGAAGCUUUUUCUGUCCGGUUGGAUGCUCGCCGCUGGAGACAGACAGAUAUAUUUUUAAUCUAUCUAUCUAUCUAUAUAUCGUCACAAUAUAUAGAUAUAUGGAUGGAUAGAUGGAUAGACGGAUAGAUGUAUGAGGUAGAGGCAAUCAUAAAGAGGGAUGUUGAGUUAAACGAUGUGCUGAUGCUGACGUGUAGGUAUGCAAUCUCAAUCAGGAUAGCAUCUAUUGAUUCAAUCAAUCGGUAUCCUGCAUGCAUGGGUCACUAAUCCAUUACGUGGAGAACCCGAUUUUAAAGGGGAUGCUGGGGCGAUCAAUCAAAUAACAGGCGGUUAAUUAGGCGGCCGGGAGAGUGUGUAGGCCGAAUUGUACGGUAGGUAGGUGUAAGUGUCUGUUCUGUGACGCGACAGGGGGAGGGAGGGUUUUGGCGCAGCGGUGCUUGGUGUAUUAAUCAGUAGGGGGUUGUUGUUAUCAGUUGUACGGGAGGGCGACACGUGGCGGCGGCGCUCUUCUCCCGAUCCAAUCAAUUAGAGCAAAUCAAUCAGAGAGCGACACGUGGCGUUGGCUCGGCCAAAGGAAGGAAGGAAGGAGGAAAGGAGGAGAGGGUGGCUGGCGCGAAGGAGCAUCGAAGGAGAGAGUGUCUUCCAUCUGCGGUUCUGUGGCGUGAUUUGUUGAUCCCCUGAUUAACCGGUCGAUUGACUGAUCCAUUGGUUGAUUGAUCGAUUGAUUGAUUGAUCGAUUGAUUGUCUAAGUGACGUGUCAGCAAGAUGGAUGAUGACGAUGAAUUUGGAGAGCUUUACGCGGGCGGUGAUGUAGAGGUGAGCGUGGAGAACGGCGAGGGGGAGCAUCUGGAGCUGCCACGUCAGCAUCGUGAGGAUUUGACACGUGGCGGUCGAGGGAAGAGUGCGUUUUUCGAUGGGAGGGUGUCUUUGAUCAACGCGCAGGUUGAUGCAGGGGAGGAGGAUGAGGACGAUGACGAGUUGUUGGGGGGGGAGGCGGCAAAUGGACGAAUGAGCGAGGCGGGCACUACAGCAGGCGAAGGCGGCAGCCACGUGGAAGAAGAGGAGGUAGAGAGUGAGAAUUCGUUGUACAGUCAGUUGUACGGUGAUGACGUUGUAGGGAGAAGCGGGGAGAGAGAGAAGGAUGGUGGGAGGUCUCGGGGACGUGGGAGGGAGGAGGGAGAAGGAGGGGGUGUGGGUGGUGCAAGUGCCAGAGGGGGAGGCGCGAGCCUGGCAAGCUCGAAAGUCGUCAGAGGGGAUGGAGGAGGGGUUGGGGGAGGCAAUGGCGGGAGGAGAGCUUUGGGAGAUGGAGGCGAGGAGGAGGAUGAUGACGAAGCGGUGGAGUCGUUGUUGUUGGGAGAGGUAGGUGGUGGCGUGACGAGGGGGAACGAGGGAAUGGCGUGGCUAGAGCAGGCUUCGCAAGAGGGUGUAGACUGGGAGGAGGAUGAGGAGGAGGAGGGGGAAGAGGCGCAAGGGGAGCAGGGUGGGGAGGACCGGGGGGAGGAGGAGGAAGAGGGGGAGGAGGAGGAGGAAGGGGAGGAGAGUGAUGAGAGUAGCGAUGAUGGGUUGAGGAUUGUGUUGGACGAGCCGCCACCUUUGAGCUCCAUGAGGCAGAGAAGAGGAGGAGGAGGAGGAGGAGGAGGAGGAGGAGGGAGACGGUCACAAAGGAGGGAGACGAAGGAAAAGGGUGGAGUUGUAGAGGGAGGGGAGGGGAUGGAGGAAGAAGGGGAGGAGGAGGAUGACGAAGAUGACGACGGGGAGGACUUGGUAAUAAUAACGGAUUAUGAGCAGCAGCCUGAGUGGGCUGCUGACGAGGAGGCGGGGGAAGAAGGAGGGGUGGGAGAAGUAGGAGCGGCAGGGGGGAUGGGCCUUUCGAAUCCACCAGGCGGGGAGGGUGGUACUGGGCCCGGGGUCGCUGGCGGUCCCUCAGGAGCUGGUAUGCUUGGACCAGGUUCUCAGUAUGGUGCAAAGCGUGGUGGUCAUCGCCCACCGGUCGGUCCAUUCUCUGGACCUGGUCCAGGUCCGCAUUCGCAGUACAAGUAUAUUCGAGGCUCGAUGGGAGGCGGUCCGGGAUCAGGAGGGAUGGGCGGUCCCCCCCUAGGAUCGGGACAUGGUCCUGGGUCUGGUCCAGGGGGUCCAGGAGGAAUGGGCCGAGGAAGAGGGCCGGGGAUGGGAGGGAGAGGAGGGCCGUAUGGAAAUGGAGGGGGAGAUGGAUGGGGGGGUAGAUACGGCCCCGGAAUGGGCCCGUCUAGAGGCUCAGGUGAUUGGUACUACGGUAGGGGGGGACCCACAGGUCCGAGAGGGCAGAGCAGCGGCUAUGGCGGAGGCAGUUGGAGUCAGUAUGGUGGAUAUGGAAGAUAUGGACUGACAGAUCUGUGGCCACCAGUAGGGAAUGCGCUGGAAUUUGAUAUUGACAGCCUGGAUGAGAAACCGUGGAGACGGCCGGGCGCAGAUAUCUCCGAUUACUUCAACUAUGGUUUCACGGAGGCCACCUGGAAAUUGUACUGCAAGCAGCAGAGUAUGCGUAAGGCCUCCAAGGCCCACAUGUCUAUGGGAACACAAAGGAAGGAGAACGUCGAUUGUCGUCCCUUUGACAAGAUCUGUGCCAGUAUGAAGGGCCUCCGAAUCCACAGAAGCAAAAUGCCCAUGGAGAAGCACCAAAGGGGGGGGGAAGCAGACUGGGGAGUAGGUGGGCGAGGCCGAGGGCGCUAAAGAAUUGAUGAGGGAGGAGGAUGUGUGGGAGGUGGUGGCUGGAGUCAGAUGGGAAUAGUCGAUACGACUUGCGGAGACCUCCUCAGUGAGCUUUGCAGGCAGGCAUAGGGCUGGCCGAAAGUGGAAAUGUCGUUCCCCGUUGGCCGUGACAGAAAUCCAGCGCUGAACGAGGACAGAAAACUUUGAAGAAAGGCCUGCCCAGUGAUUCUUACAAGCACUCGGGACCUGAGGCGCUGCUUGCCCCCCCCCUCCCCCGCCCCCGCCUUUUCAAUGACCCUCUAUAAGUGACGCCGAUCCGAUGGCUCCGAUUGAAGAGGGACGUUCCUCGCAGUGCAGGAGAAAGCGGCAUCAGCAAGGCCAAGGUGAGGGGGGCAAACGCCCUCACAUGGGUGCCGAUGCAGGGACCAGGUCACCGGGCGGGCUCUCUCAAUGGGCGCCUCAGUUGCAUUGGCUGCGGCGGUUUCUUUCAACUCGUUCGAGCAUGGAGAUUGACUCAACACGGUACUGAAGGGUUGUUUAGUAUUGGUUGCCAUUGUGGAUUUCGCCAUAGCACGCACAGCCCUAUGCGACCUGUGAACACGCGGCAGCUCUCGAGAGGAAGCAUCAGGAACAGAGUGACCGGAGCGGAUUGACACACCCUCGUUGAGGUUUCGUAUGAUCGGAAGCCUCAUAGGACAAGGUAGCACAGGUAUGUUUUGGAUAGGCCGCAUGCAUGUCUAUCGAGUGGUGGUCGUGGGGGGGUUGGCAUAUGCUCACAUGACGAGAUGUGGGGGAGGCUGGCCAGGGAUAGCAAUGACUCAGGCCCUGGUUGUUAGGCAAUAACCCGACUCGUCCGACAUUGUCUACCCCCCCUGGGCAACACUGAUAGAUGACUAACCGUCGUAACAAUCUUGUCUGUUCCCGUUCGGUGGUACAGAUAGAUCAUAGCUCACUGUAUUCUGACCAUAUGGAGUUGUCUGAACCCUUCGCUGGCCCGGAGUUUGGCACCGAGAUCUGGUUUGGUACUUUGAUCUGGUGGGUUGAUGAUAUUGCUUUGUACUGUCGGAAGUCCUAUGGAAGAUGCUGCCUGCAUCGCCUCUGCGGCAGUGUGUUGGGUUGUUCCUCAUCUCUCAAAUGAAAGGAAAAGCAAAUGAAAAAGUCGGUUGGCU